AUGGCUACAACGAUUCAAGAUAUGCUUGGGCCGCUUAUAAGAACCGAAGAUAUCCGCAGGCAGUUUGGUAUCGAUCUCGAAGACCCCAAUGAUCCCCUGCGGUUUCUUCAAGCCAUGAAAAACGUCGUCCAUGCAGGUGUACUACUGGGUCGAUUUCCGCUAAAUCUUCAGGAAGGCUGGAUGCCAGAACUAAGGCUCAGACUCGGAGACUGGCAAACUAUCAAGUUCCUGAUAGCGUCAAUUUUCAUCUCUGCGCAUUGGCGACGGAUGACCCCAUGGCAGUGGGCCGGCGUACUGGCCGAACGAAAUCGGAUUGGGCGUGCUGCAUCUGACUCGGCGGACUUUGGACCCUCCAGGGACUCUUGGAUAGAGUACAUUAACGACCGGUACAAUGCGGAAUUUGGGAUCUCGAUUGACGCCUACUUCCCAGGCGCCGGUAUUGCACGCUGGAGGGAGACUGAUACGACUGGCCAGAUAGUCAACGAAGAUGAGCUGGACUUGACGAUGAUCGACGGCACUUUGGCGACCAACAUCAACGUUCCGGGUACAGACUUCAGUCCGGGGCCUCUACUGUACUUCCAAGGUAACUCACUCUGGAUUUCAGAACGAGUGAUGGGCAACAUUGUGGAGCUAUAUUUCGUCUCCAACCCCUCUACCAACAUCGACGCCUCUCUCGCUAUCGUCAACACCCUCAUCCAAGGCAUCGAGACCAGCUUCCCAAACACCACACGACAGCAAACACCAUGGUCGCUAUCAUACCGCGCAUUUCGCGACACCAUACCUCCAGGUUACCAGCCACCUGCGGGCGCAGACGGUAAACCAGAGCCAUACGUACAUUCAUACCAGCACCUCCUCCACGUUUCGAGCCUCUCGCCAAACCGCACAUAUGUCUUUGCACAACCGCGAGCGCAACAGGAAACUAUGACGUCGAUACCGCUGCGACAACAAGACGCACAUGCCUCAGUACUGCGAUACCAGUGUUCUGCUCUGUGGACGCCGAGACACAUACUCGCGGUGCGAGAGGGGGCAUCAUAUAGCGGGGGGCUCUGUUCGAUACAAAUCGGCGAACUACGAGCGACUCGCGAAGGUCCGCAGUCAGGCGCUAUCUCAUCACCCGGCGUCGUGGUCUGCAUUAGCACAACGUUGGGCGCUGAGGACACUGAUGGCAACCUGGAUUCAGGCUAUGGCACAAUGGAGAAUGGUACAGCGAUGGAAUUGGACGAAGAGGAAGUCGACAUUGAGUAUGCGCAGGCUGUGGUACGCGACUGUUGGAGUAGGAUCAAAGAUGGGCGCGAUCUGGGCCGGUCAGAGAUCAGGGAAGUGAUGAUGGCUUCGACUAUAACGAACAAAAAGGGCCAAGAACAAGAGGCGAUGGUGCGCAUAUGGUGCGAUGCUCUGCGCAUGCGCGGAUGA